AAAAAGACAAUAAAGGCGCUUCAAUUUAGAAAAAAGAAAUUUCAUCAACAAAACUAGACUAAUACAGUAGGAUUCUUGUUUGCAGCUCCAUUAGCAAUCAAUUCACAGAGAACUAUCUUUUUCAGCACAUCUCUCCAUCUAUAUAUAUCUGUAUUUGUGUAUAGACUUUUCUUAAAGUUGUCUCCUCUUUGAAAAGGGAAGAAAAUACACAAUGAAGAGAAGUAGUGGGAAAGUCUCUGCAAAAUGGAUACCCAUUUUUUCCAUCUCUUUCUUCUUCUUUGGAAUGCUUUUUACAAAUAGAUUGUGGGCCCCACCUGAAUCUAAUGGUCAGCUGAUGUCAAGGCAAAGACAGGAGCAAGAGUUGCAGAUUAUUUCUGAGGACUGCACAACAAAAAAGAAGAAAUCAGAAGAAAGCAAGGAUGUGUUGGGGGAAGUACAUAAAACACAUGAUGCAAUACAAUCACUAGACAAGUCAAUUUCCAUGCUUCAAAUGGAGUUGGCAGCAACCAGGAGUGCCCAAGAGGUGGUGAAGUCAGACGAAACCUCGAGGUCUUCACAGGAGGAACAGCCAAAGAAGAAGGCUUUUAUAGUUAUUGGAAUUAAUACUGCCUUUAGUAGCAGAAAAAGGCGUGAUUCAGUUAGACAGACUUGGAUGCCUCAAGGUGAGAAGCUUGUCCAAUUGGAGAAGGAGAAGGGAAUUAUUAUCCGCUUCAUGAUUGGGCAUAGUGCAACGUCAAACAGCAUAUUAGAUAGGGCUAUUGAUUCUGAAGAAUCUCAGCAUAAGGACUUUUUAAGGCUGGAGCAUGUUGAAGGAUAUCAUGAAUUAUCUGCAAAAACAAAAAUAUUCUUCUCCACUGCUGUUGCGAAAUGGGAUGCUGACUUCUACGUCAAGGUUGAUGAUGACGUCCAUGUUAAUCUGGGUGUUUUUGCUGCAACUCUUGCCCGGCAUAGGUCGAAGCCCAGAGUAUACAUAGGCUGUAUGAAAUCUGGACCAGUUCUUGCUCAAAAGAAUGUUAAGUACCACGAACCAGAAUACUGGAAGUUUGGAGAAGAUGGAAAUAAAUACUUCAGGCAUGCAACCGGUCAGAUCUAUGCAAUCUCAAAGGAUUUAGCUACAUACAUCUCAAUCAACCAGCCCAUAUUGCACAAAUAUGCUAAUGAAGACGUGUCUCUUGGAUCGUGGUUUAUUGGUCUUGAAGUUGAGCACAUUGAUGACAGGAAUAUGUGUUGCGGAACUCCACCAGAUUGCGAGUGGAAAGCUCAGGCAGGUAAUGUAUGUGUUGCAUCGUUUGACUGGAGUUGCAGUGGAAUUUGCAAGUCUGUGGAGAAGCUAAAGUUUGUUCACGAAAGGUGUGGUGAAGGCGAUGAAGCUCUUUGGAAUGCUCUUCUGUAAAUACUUUUUGAUAUCCUGGCAUUAUUUUGCACACAAGUAACUCCCCCUUCUCGGCUACCAGGCCAUGAUACGAAGUUCUGAAAGAUAGCACCGGCUAUUUAUGAAGGCAUCAAACAGCGACUUGGGAGGGGAGGGGGGAGAUUGUAGAAAUUAUAUUUGAACUGUUGAACCAGACAGAAGCUAGUUAUGCUUGCAAUUAAGAUUUAAAGACUGUAGAAAUUUAAGCAUAUUUCGAAAAUUUUGGUUUCAUUUCUUGCCCUUGUACUUAAUCUUGUACUUAUUUCUUUAUAUACAAGUUGGGACCAGAUUUUGGGCACAUCCUUUUGCCGAAA